UUUGCCAUUCCGAAGAAGCACUGGCAUGUGCAUGGUGCAAAUCAUGCUCAAUGGUCGCUGAAUUACUUGCAGUACGUCGGGCGUACGUAUGGCGAAGGCGUUGAGUCCCACUGGGGCCAUAUGAACCCAGUUCACACGAGUACGUGCGAGAUGGAACCCGGGGGUCGACACGAGGUCGUUGAUGACCAUGAGGGCGCAUGGAAUUGGCAAAAAAUAGUCAGGCUA